AUGCCUGCUAAUGGUGAGAGGCUCAGCGCAGUCGCCAGGCAGCGCCGGCUGCGUGAGGCGCUGUCGUCGACGUCUUCUACUCCGGCGCGUUCACCAGCUUCUUUGGUCAAGGAAGUAGAGCAUGAAGCUGUCAAGGCAGGGGCAUCGACCUCUUCAGAACUCAGGGACGAGAUCAAACCCUUGCCUGUCGCCACGUCGAAUCAGUUCACGACACUUGUCGAUGCGGCAGCGGUCCACUUCACUUCUUCCAGAGAAGUGGAAAAGAUCAGCGAGACAGCUCUCAAGAUCAGAUUGGCUCGUGGACAGAAAUGCGUUCUCAUGGGUGUCUAUGCGUUGUGGGUGAAGCAAGGAUCAGUCUCGUUCUACGGUGCUAUCCUUCAUGCUUCGACUGCGAUCUAUCUCAUAUACGCACCAUCCACACAUGCGCUGCCGUCGAUUGAAGCAUUGACUUCCACAGCAGAACUUCAGCUCGACUCUGUCAACCAUGGGAUACGAGACCUGCCUUACAUUGGCAUCAGAGACUUAUGGGACCCUGCAAGGAGAAGCCAGGCAGCCAUGUCCUUUCAUGUCUUGGGACAUUCCUUUGAACAGGACCCGAAAGCGACAAGACGAGUGAGAGAAAUGCAGCUUGAGGAUUGGAAAUCCAUCCUUGCAGCGCUGUCAGGGCCUGAGCAGUUGACAUCCACAAAAGCGGUCACCCCUCGAAUCCUUAUAUGUGGUAGAGGGUCUUCGGGAAUCUCAACUAUGACCAGAUGUCUGAUAAAUCGGCUACUGAGAAAGCGAACUAUCGAGUCAGAUGCAAUGGCCGUCAAUGGUGUGAUCUUGCUGGACUUCGACACAAACAUACCUGAGAUUGCACCUCCAGGGAUGAUAAGUUUGGUUCAUGUCGGCGAUCCUAUAUUUGGGCCUGCUUUCACUCAUGUUACCUCGUCAAACAGACGGCCCAAUGCAGUAAUGAAGAUGCAUUUUCUGGGUGAUUUUGAGGCGACAGACUUGGCAGAUUGGCACGUUGACCGAGUGCAUGAUCUGAUCGCCUUGGAACAGACACAUCGAAGGGGUCCGGGCAACGUUCCUGUCAUCAUACUCGCUCCAAAAUGGAUGAAUGCAUUCGAACAGCAAACCAUCGGCAAGAUCUGGAAGGAUUUGGCGCCAACCGACGUCGUGUGUAUGGACUCAAGGCCUAACUCACCGCAUCUGCAAACCUGGAGAGGUUUCGCCGAGGCUGACGCUUGUCGGAUUCAUCAGCUUGGAGUCCGGGUGUAUGACAAGAUGCCACCUGCACGAGAGCACGAUCUACAGAUGCAGUCUUACUUUCAUGCAUCGGACUCUCUCAUCACCGGUCAAUGCUGGACUGAAACUCCGAUAAUGGCCGGAAGCCCUACCACCCUGUCUUAUGCUGGUGACGAGUCUGACGUUUGUGGCAUAGUCCUGCUCGGAGGUCAUGUUGCACUCGAGGACACGUAUGAUGCUCUUGAAGGAAGUGUUGUCGCGGUUCUCAUGGUCCAGCGACAAGAAGACAAACCUACAACUGUGAGUGACACAGAGGAGGGCCAACCGAACGGUAAAACCGACUGGCUACUACAUCACACCGACGAGUGUUUACCUCGUUUCGUGCGAGGAAGCAGUCAUGAUUCUUUUCCAUUGUCAGCAGAGCAUUCUCGCUGCAUUGGACUUGCAAUGGUGACCGAGAUCGAUAUCAUGAAGCGACAGGUUGCUUUGAUCAGUCCCAUUGCCUUGCGUGAGCUCAAUUUGCGGUCAGUAGGCUCACAGCUGGCACUUGUGGUGCAGAAGGCGAGUCCUGACGGACGGUUUAGACCAGAUUGGGCGUGGAAGGAAAUGAGAAGCGCCGGAAGAGAGAGGCAGGAUCCGACAACGUCGUCAUCCGAAGCAUGA